UCCGUGAAAUCCAAACCAAUACACAUUUUGCCAAUGGGUAAAAAAGAAUAAAAAAGACCAACUUUAAUACAAGAUAAUGAUUUUGAUAGAAUUAUUUUAUUAUAUAGGAUUAGGUCCUCUUUGUUCUCCUGUAAAAUGCGAUCCAGGAUGUGUUGAAGUACCUGGGAACAAUGGAUGCCCUACAUGUCAAUGCCAGAGGACGUGUUCGAUUCCUAAGUGUGACGUAGGAUGUCGCGUCGAUUACAAUGCUGAACCAUGCCCUACGUGUGUUUGUGAUCGAUACCAAAGGAAGUAUUCUCCUUUGCUUUCGAAUCCUUACAGUGUUUUUGUAUCAGAUCCUGCUUGCCGUCAAACAAAAUGCGGCCCUGGCUGUGAAAUGGAACGGGAACCAAGUGGUACAGAGCGCUGCCCCAUGUGUCUUUGUAGUGGUAAGACAGGAGAGAAGAUUAAGUGUCUCGCAAUGCAUUGUGAACUGCCUUGUCGUUUUGAAAGGUUCAGCCCUUACGGAUGCCCAACUUGUAUUUGCCACCCUAUCCCCUGUCCACAAAUUAAGUGUGGACCUACAACUGUGGAAGAAAAACUUCCUGAAGAUAGAUGUCCUAAAUGUGUGCCAAAAGUCACCUAAGGUUCAUGAGAGAAAAAAACAUGUGUAAAUUUUGAAAUGGAGUUCAGCUUUUUCUAUCACAUUGAAUCAUCUGAAUGAGCAUAUUCAUUAUCAUUGAACUAUACAUGUUAUCGAGAUACUGACAAUUUAUUAAAGAUCUGCAGCAGGCAAUGUUUGUUUUGUGUAUUCAUCCUCAUUUAACUGUUAAUAAAUACUAUUCAAUUAAUUGCAA